GGUGUUUGCACAGUCUGUCGUCAUACAGCCCCACACCAUCCAUCCCUACACACCACAUCUCUGCACGCCUCCAGUCUCACUCAUCACACAGACUCUAUAGACUCUACAUCGGCGGAUCGAAAUCGUGUCAGACGCACGGACCAUAUGCACCGCCGCAUCCGUGCAGCGCCGCCACUCAUCCGCUCACACGUACAUAUACUCUAUCCGCUGGAUCGUCCCGCGGCACUUGGCGCACUGCCGCUCGGCAGCAGGCAGGGCUAUCACCUGCUGGGCGCACGCCGCACACAUGUACAAAUGCCUCUGACACACACAAACACAAACACACACACACACACACAGAGGACGCACAAUGAACAUGGAAGGACGGCAGAUCCUUCGCUACUCUCUCAGGCCGGUCGAUUGACUUACACAUGGGAAGACGGCGACCGACUUGUCGGCAUCCAAACACACCGCACACUUGGUCGCUUCCUCUAACCUGCACACACACAACCCACAACAAAGGAAACAGGAAGGCAUGUGAGAGCCCACGUCUGCAGCUGAUGUGCAUCGGAAUACCUUUCCUUGAGUUCGUCCUUCUCCUUGCUGACGGCCCUCAGCCUCUCCUCGGCCUCGUCCAGGGCGCUCUGCACCGCCUCUUCGACCUCUCCGAAGUUCCCACGAUCAGCAGUGUGGAGUGGGGCUGACGGUGGUGGCGGUGGUGGUGCAGGGGCCGCAGACGGGAAGAAAGGCGGGGCAUCGGGAUUCAGCCCACGAUUGGUGGAGGGAGGAGGAGGGGGAGGGGGAGGGCAGAGGGGAGGGAGAGGGGUGAAGGGAAUGAGAUGGGGAGGAGGGGGCGGCCGACGCUGCCUGCGGAUAGCCGUGAGGAUGCUGUUGUAUCGCGUCAAAGCGAAUACCUCUGUGGGUCCGAGCUGGAAGAUUGGCGGCAGCUGGGCAGACUGUCUGAGCGGCAUGCGGAUGUGCCACAGCCCCCUGACGCUGGCCAACGAUGAGAGGCUCGUGUGCACGAAGGUCUCCCCCUCCUGUCUGCUCCAUCUGUGACGCUCACGCUCUGUACAGAUACACACAGACAGAACAAGUGCAUCAGAUGCGUCCGUGCGCUCAUAUCAACAAUAUCACUCCAUUGCUGAUCACUCAGAGUGACGACCACCCCUAGCUGCUGUAUCUCGGGUAUCUCGUCCCUCCUCUCGCCCCACGUGAAUGGCGUCAGCUUUUCCACCUCCCUCAUCUCUACAUGCAUGUGCGGGAUGGUCUUGCCAGGUCCCAUCUCCAGCAGCAGACCCAGCACCUCAUCCGCACUCCCCUUGACGUGGAGGUUCUCCAGCUUAGGCAUUGCAUUCGCCAGCCAUCCACCCGCCUCACACAUGCGGUCGCCCACAUAAAGGUCCGUCGCCUCAGGGAAGGCGCCGUGGCUGAGAUGGCGCAGGAGGGCUGGCUGCUCGUAAUGACAGGUGGCGGUUCCGGCCGUGUAGAUGUAGACGCUUCUGGCGUAAGGGAACGUCAGUGCCGAGAUGACGGCCACCUCGCCCCAUUCUGGAGCAGUCAGCCGUCGGGUUUGGAGAGGACCCGGCGCAGAGCUGAUGUCCCAUUCGAUGGCGUCUGCUUGGCUGGCGAGUUGCAGCAGGUUGUGGCGACUGGGGCGAUCUCCGGGGAGGCUGAUGGACAGCCUUCGCGUGCACGAAAAUGUCA